UGCAUCAAAAAGGAUUCCCUCAAGAUUAUUCUGAUAUCAAAAAGAUAUGAUUGAAAUUUAUUGAUAUGAAAAUUUGAAGUUGCAUGUAUUUGAAAAUAUCUACAUGGGUCAGUCCAAAAUGGUUUUUUAAUUCGGUCAUGGAAAUAAAUGCAUUUCCUGUUACCAAGUCAUUUAUGGUUUCUAUGCCUUUCGUUUUCAAUGUGGACCAUUUAUCAGUGAAUUGUGAAAAGCUGUCCAGGGAUUGUUCCAUAGGGUUCCAUUAUGUUUAAAGGGAGGGAUAUUGGUUCUUGUAGAAUAAGUUACAUUUACUUCCAUGUUGUUAUAGUGUUAUUAACUAUCAAGUUGUUAAUGUUCCUAGCUACAUCCUUAGAAAACAGACACGUGAAAAGAUUCUAGGGAUGAGCAUGCGUAUCUUCAACAUGUACCCAUUGUUCCUCUUUAGUGCAUUUAACUAUACUGUAUGUUACAAGUAAAAGCCCUGGGUGGUCAGUUGAUACAAAUCCUAAGUAUUUUAUAUUUUUGGUGGUCCACUUAAUGGAUUGCUGUAGAUCAUGAGUUAUUCUUUUUUAUUUUUCCUGUUGUCAUUAUUUCAGUGCCAACCUCCCAUCCUUGCCCAUUAUUUCCCAUCCUUGCCCAUUAUUUCCCAUCCUUGCCCAUUCUUACCCAACUAGCCAAGCUGGUUCCAACCUCCCAUCAUUUCCCACCCUCCCCUACCUUUCAGACACACUUACACCCAUCUAUCCAUCCAUCCUUCAACUUACUCAUCCAUUAUUAUUAAUUUCUGCCCAACAUAUACCCCAUGCAUUCACACACCCAUUCUCUCUCACCCUCCUAAAUAUAUUCAGAUUUGUUUUUAUUUAUGUUAUGGGACUGGCACCGUUUGAAAAUAGAAGGGCCUCCCGAGUGGCGCAGUGGUCUAAGGCAGUUGAGAGCAGCCCGUCUCCUCACUCAACCUUCUGUCCCGUCGAAAUUCCACCCAGGACAUCAGGAAGAGUGCAGAGCCAGAGCAGCCCGUCUCCUCACUCAGCCUUCUGUCCACUAAGAGCCUGGAAACCAUCACUAGCUUCUAUCCAGUUAGUCACAUGUUUUUUUGCUCUUGGGCUCAAUUCCAAACCAAUGUAUCUUUUUACCCCUAUGUCCUUGUUAGUCUUGUGGUUUGUUUGGAUAGCUGAUCCCUUCCAUUCCUCUCCUCCCUGUGGUGUGGUGUAGGGCGAGUGGGAAAGUUAGAUGAUGAAGGGGGGCUGGAUUUAGAGCCUCGCAGUUGGAGUAGUGCUAUCUAUCUCUUUCCUGUAAUGCUUGCCUCAACUUAAAAAUGCAUCUGAAAUAUUUUGAUACUUUGAAAUAGUAAAAGGGUCCCAAUACAAGUCCUGCACAUUCCCACUGGCAUAUCUGAUUGGAUGCAAUAUGAACAUAUACAGUAGGCGCCCUAUUGAAAUAUUAAAAGCUAUGUGUGGCUCUGUUGAAGGUCUGGUAAGUUUGACUGUCAACUUCAUGCUUGUCAUGUCUUCCUCCCUAAAUGGAAACUAAUAAUGACCUAAAACAGGUCAACUAAAACUACAGUCAUGUAAAUUAUAUUUCAAUAAUACAACAGCAGACAAAACCCAUAUGAUAGAUCUCACUGAUUAAUCAAAGAUCACAAGAUUCACUAAUGACUACUUGGGCAUAUAUCUCCCUUGGGAACACGUGAAAUACUGUGUCUCUGUGUGUGUGUGUGGGGGGGGGGGUUACUUCCUGGUUCAGGAGCCUUCUGAUUGGACCAGCAGUAACAUUGUGCUAACAUCUUCCCCCUCUGUGCUCUGUGGUUGUUGUUGUUGUUUUUUGAAGAGAAGAGGAAUGAAGACAUUCCUGUUUCAUGGUCAGUUUUAUCUCCUUGUUAUCAGCCAAGCAUGUGAGAAGGGUAGGAAGAUCUGUUUUUCCACCAACAAUUGAACUUUUUUGUUUUGCCGCAUGAAUUGUCUAUUCCUGUCUGCUGCGGUUUGAAUCAAAUCUUGUUGCAUUAUUUUGGAACACAAUGUAAAAUUGGUAGUAUGAACGGGCUGGGUAAUGGAACAACAAGCCAAUAGAGGGAGCCAGGUCGUAUUGCAAUAUGAGGUAGCAUUGACAACAGUGGCUCAUGGUCUUUAAACGCUUCUCAUUGUGACCAUAUGUGACUGGGUUGGUAGCCAAUACACUCUCAAACUAUUACAGUAUACAGUUCGAUACAGUUCAUUGGACUAAAAACAUAAUGUUAUCAAUCCUGUGAAUGUCAAACAUUUAGAAUUGUGUUUAAAGAGUGUACUCUUGAAUAGAUGUGUUGUGGCUAUUUUAUAGCCUUUAUGUUGACCUAACUGCUAAUAUCUCCAAUCAUCGCCCUCAUGCUUGUUCUCACGGGGAGGCAUUUAUGAUACACUGCUUUCUUUCUAAAGCAAAAAUAUAUAAAGCAAAAUAAACGUCAGCUGAAAAACAAGGCCUUUUAAUGCAACAAAAGCAUUUAAAUUGAGCUGUAUUUAAUAUUUUAUUAAAAGAAACCUUAGUGAUCUGUCGAAGGAUGCUUUGAAAUUUUAUUUUUACUCUGGAACAAGAGGUUUGUUCAGACAUUUACCCUGAGGUGGUUGUUUGUGGUUGUUUGAAAGUUGUUCUUCUCACCACCAUCCCAUUGUUAAUGAUUGGUGUUCUUUAAUAAGGACACUCUAUUUGACAGUUGGGAGAGAACCAGAAGAGGCCUUUUUAAAAGGUAACACUGUCUUAGCCUCUACCAGGCUGGCUGUCAUAGGUUUCUCCUGCGUCAAAUGUUCCGACUCCUAGGUUAUUCUGAGGAGCCCGGUGCUCAGCUGCAAGUCGUAAGAUUGCAGGAAAACCUUUUCUUUUAUUCUCCUGAUAAACAAAGCCGCCCAAGGAAGUGAGCCCCCCAGCCACAGAUAGAGAACCAUCGUGACAGAGUCCAUGCUCUUUAUAACUUUAUCUACCCUGGUUUUUUAUAGUCGGGGUCCUUCAUGUGACUUUUCCUGGUAGACUUGUGAGCAUGUGAAAGGCAAACAGACUUCUUGAAGCACAUUUUUUGGACGUCACAAACAAUAGGACUGGGACUUAGACCGGAGUACUGCUAAGUUGAGCAGGUUUAAUGUUUAUACUCUGAGGACUUGAGAGAGGAAGUUAUUAUAGAGCAUAGUUUGAAGUGGACCAGCACUAGGCUCUGGUGAGAGGAGGGGGAUGGGGCAGAUCUGUCAUGCCUCUUGCUCACUUUAAAUCAGGCGUCCAUAUUUAGACGGAAGGGAGGGAAGGCCUAGCAGUUAUGUAAACAAAAGCCUGGGCAGGCAGGGGAAGGGAUUGCACUGUAAUAAUAUUUUAGUCCAUUAACUACGACUAUGACCUUUGGAGAGAGACAGGGCUGUUUGGAAAUAACGGACAUGGUCAGAUAGAGAGCUGUCUAGCUUUUUCACGUUCUCUCAGAGCACUUUCGAGAGCACCCACUAGAGUCAGUAUUAGUUGUAUCCCUGACUAAUGGAUUGAUAAGUCCAGGUAUACUGACCUCCAUGCUGACCUGACCAGUCAGUUUUGUGAGAGGAGGAUAGGACCGGUAAAGCUUCAAGGUUGAUCAGAGUCACCAGGAGAGCGUAGCCAAGCCAGGUGAAAGGGACAGCGGGAACCAGGACCAAGCGACUGAUGACAUGAGCGAAGCAUGCUCUGAGGAGGAGUGGUCCGAAGAGCACUCUGAGGAGCAGCUGGUCAGCAGGCUUCCGGUCAUCCAACUCAAGCCCAUGUCACCAGGCAUAUCCCCUAAAAUCUCCCCACGCGACUCCCCCUGUGGGUCACCCCGAAACUCCCCGAUGCUCUUCAGGAAGCUGCUGAUGAACCGGAGCAUCAGUCUACAGAGGCGCUACACUUUGGCCUACACUCCCAGUUUUGAUGCUGAAAAUGGCUUGUCGGUGGGGCGCAGCCCCCUGGACCCUCCGGCCAGUCCCAGCUCCGGCCUGGUGCUCCAGGCCAACUACCACAGCCAGCGCCGUGAGUCCUUCCUCUACCGCUCCGACUCAGACUUUGACCUCUCACCCAAGGCCCCCUCGAGGAACUCCUCCACUGCCAGUGAUCUGGAAGAAAGCUUGAAGCACUGGGAAGUCAACUGGUUGUCUCGACAUGGAGAAGACAUGAUUGUGACACCAUUUGCACAGGUACUUGCCAGUUUGAGGACGGUAAGAAGCAACUUCGCCGUUUUGACCCAUCAGCAAGAUCGUCAACCCAGCAAGAGAAUUGGCAGUAAUCCACCGUCCAUGUUAAAUACAAGCUUAGCAGAGGAGCCGUUUCAGCAGCUGGCCGUGGAGACUCUGGACGAGCUGGACUGGUGUCUGGAGCAGCUGGAUACUCUGAAGACACGCCACUCCGUCAGCGAGAUGGCCUCCAAUAAGUUCAAGAGGAUGCUGAACAGAGAGCUCACUCAGCUAUCAGAGGCCAGCAGAUCAGGGAACCAGGUGUCAGAGUUCAUCUCCAGCACCUUCCUAGAAAAGCAACAUGAUAUGGAGAUCAUGUCUCCACACAUCAAGGAGAAGAAGGAGAAAACGGACAAGAAGAAGCGUCCCAUGUCCCAGAUCGUGGGGGUAAAGAAGCCCAGAAUCAUCCCCAGUGUGGCCCCCUCCAACAUCCCCCGCUUCGGGGUUGCAGCCACUCAGGAGGGCUUUCUCGCCAAGCAGUUGGAAGAUAUAAACCGAUGGGGUGUGGAUAUUUUCAAAAUAUCUGAAUAUUCUGGGAGUCGUCCGCUGACGGUGGCGAUUUAUUCAAUUUUCCAGGAGCGAGAGCUGCUGAAGUCAUUCAAGAUCCCCGCAGACACCUUCAUCACCUUCAUGAUGACCCUGGAGGACCACUACCACCAUGAUGUGGCCUACCACAACAACAUCCAUGCUGCAGACGUGGUCCAGUCCACCCACGUCCUCCUCUCUACCCCUGCCUUGGAGGCGGUGUUUACUGACUUGGAGAUCCUAGCUGCUCUGUUUGCCAGUGCUAUACAUGAUGUGGACCACCCGGGGGUGUCUAACCAGUUCCUCAUCAACACCAACUCCGAGCUGGCUCUGAUGUACAACGACGUGUCGGUCCUGGAAAACCACCACCUGGCCGUGGGCUUUAAGCUGCUGCAGGAGGACAACUGUGACAUCUUCCAGAACCUCAGCAAGAAACAGAGGCAGUCCCUACGUAAGAUGGUCAUAGACAUGGUGUUAGCCACAGACAUGUCCAAACACAUGAACCUGCUGGCUGACUUGAAGACUAUGGUGGAGACCAAGAAGGUGACCAGUCUAGGAGUACUUCUACUAGACAACUAUGGAGAUCGUAUCCAGGUCCUCCAGAACAUGGUUCACUGUGCUGACCUCAGUAACCCCACCAAGCCCCUGGAGGUCUACCGCCAGUGGACUGACCGCAUCAUGGUGGAGUUCUUCACCCAGGGGGACAGGGAGAGGGACAAGGGCAUGGAGAUCAGCCCCAUGUGUGACAAACACAACGCCUCCAUCGAGAAGAACCAGGUGGGCUUCAUAGACUACAUCGUCCACCCUCUGUGGGAGACGUGGGCAGACCUGGUCCACCCUGAUGCCCAGGACAUCCUAGACACGCUGGAGGACAAUCGCGAGUGGUACCAGAGCAUGAUCCCACACAGCCCCUCGCCCACACCCGAGGCCCAGGACAAGAUGGGCCUGCCUGGGGGAGCCAUGGGAGCCGGAGGGGGUGGAGGUGGAUCCUCCACAGGAGAUAAGUUCCAGUUUGAGCUGACCCUAGAGGAGGAGGAGUGCGAGUCCGACACAGAGAGCCCUCCGGCAGAGGAGGAGGGGUACAGUAGCACUGGGAUGGAGCCUUCUAGGACUGACCCGGACAGCAGACUCCAUUCCAUGUCUGCCACUGCUCACCCACACACGCAAGUACUCUCCAAAAUGGCUACCUCUGUCCUCAAUCUUGGUGGCAGGACUUUGUCCACAGACUCUGACCCAGAAAGGGAGGCCACCGAAGACAGAGAACAUGACCAAGAAGGUAACGCCGGUGUGAGGCGCUUCAGGCUAGGUACAUAACAUCAGUGCAAUGUCCUUUUGGUUUUCUUCUUUUUUUUUUUUUUUACAUUUCUGAGCCUCCCCUCUGACCCCUUCAACCCCCAUCUCUGGCUUCCUUGGAUUGAAUGACAGGACAAAGCUGGGGUAAAGAACAUAGAGGGGGUGCGUUCAGGAAGUCUGCACUUACACAGCAGUCACCUCGUACUGGAGAAAGGAGAGCCCCACUGUUCCUUCUUUGGUUGCAGAGAACAGGAAACCGUGUUUUUGAGCUGGUCUUUUGUGUUUUACCGAUACGUCUCUGAGUUGGACGCGUCGCCGUAUUCAGCUUAUGUUUCUCAGAGACACUGAGAAAACCAACCUUCCUGUUUUGCAAGUCAAGCCAAGGUCUACGACAAAAGAGCAAGGAUUUUGUGGAACACGUCUUCCUUUUGACUACUUAUGGCCGCUUGAAACAAUUGACGAAGCGACAAACUUAGUAACAACAAACACCACAAAGGCUUUUGAGACAUUAUGCCAAACAGAUUAAUAAACAUGGACUUGGCCAAUGGCAACAUUUGCCUGCCUUUUCAACUGUUGGUCAUUUUGUCUUUAAUUUAAGUCCUUUUAAACUAGUGCAGAAAGUGGUUUAAACCGGUAAACUGCAGACUUACCAAAUAUGUACUACAAAGGACAAAGUACAGAGCAGAACGUCAGAAUUGAGGAAGAGAUUGUUUCAAUGUAGCACAACACUUUUUGGGUACGUUGAUGUAACAGCUACUCGGUGCAUCACUAGGGGUCUCUCAUCAGCCACACUCUUAACAACUGGUUUAGGGUCAGUUCUUCCUCCCACAGUCCUAACCACAGUCCUGUUAUGUGUAAACCAACAAAACCAACCCUGAGCCAGCCGUUAUAGGGACUUGGCACCUCCCAGUGUUGAAUAUCGGAAUGAAAGUCUGAACGUGUACUGCAAUUCAAGGCAUUCAAAAUGCCCAUACCUACAGUAAAUUGACUAUAGGUAUGUUAAGUGGAUUGGUUUUAGCUGUGUUGCUGUUGUAGGCAGGGGUAUCCAAAACAAGCACUUCAGUUAAGAUUCACCACUUGUCUGUAUGAUUUGAUUUGAUUUAUUUUUUUAUAUUUGAAGUCCCUCAUAGUGUAUACAUACUGCUUUAUACUGUAAUUGUGUGUAUCCUUAACCUUUUUAUGGCAUCAGUUUGCCUCCACUUUUAGCACUUUACAAUUUUACUCACAGCCAAUCCUCAUCCUGCUUGGAAGGGCUUGAGCCAAUCCAUAAACACAUUGGAGGCAGGUGACUGAGAAUUUUUGUUUGCCACUGGCAACAUGGUAGCCAGCACUUACAUACCCUAGCACAUUAGGAUAACUAGUUGCAUUGAGGGAACCUGGACAGAGUUAAGUUAACUGUUUGACAGUACAGUAGGGCUGUGGGACAUUUUUUACAUUUACAUUUUAGUCAUUUAACAGAUGCUCUUAUCCAGAGCAAAUUACGACUUGAGCGCAUACAUUUUCAUACUGGUCCCCGUGGGAAUUGAACCCACAACCCUGGCAUUUGCAAUUGCCAUGCUCUACCAAAUGAGUCAAACUGUUCAAUGUCCUUUCAAGUCUAUUAUUGUUGUUACAGUAAAGGUCUCAAGUUUCCUACUUACUUCAGGUACCAUCAUCUGGUCACACUAUCAACCAGUUGAACUAGUAAAAAAAAAAUACAUUGGUAGAGUUUACAUAUGUUAUCACAGUUUGUGAAGCACAUGGUGUAAUAUUUGCCAAACUAUUUCAGAAAUGUAUGAAAGAUGUGCCGCUCAAGGCAAUUGUAACUGUAAAAAAAAAAAAAGAAGACCAUUGGCCAUAGGCCAGUUUUCUGUGCUGAAAUUUUCACACCCUUUUCCUUUUGUCAUUGGUCAAUAUUCUGCUCUUCACAGGGACAUGACCAAUGACAGUACAAGUGCCAAGCAAGCAUGACAACUCGUACUGUAAUUUCCAUUUUGCCCCAGGCUAAUUUCCAUCAAUGACUAAUGUUGAUCAUGUCGCCCUCCCUGUGUACCCUUUCUGCCCCAUAGGUUUUCUGUUUUAGAAGAAUAAUUCACUGAUAACUGCACCUUUCAUAAUGUUUGAAUGGUUGGACAUUUAGAUGAAUUGAAUUUGUAAAGAAACCAAAGCACUUUGUAUAGUAAUUUUUACAAGUCUGUGCUUAAAGUACAGUCGAGUGUGAUGUAACUCUGUUGACUAAUCCACAUUAGUAUUCCGUAUUCUGGUAUUAUGUGGCUUGAUUAUUACAAUUGAUGCAUAGUACAGGCUGGACCACUGAAGCUAAAUUGGGGGACUUGUGCUAUGGAAUUAGAACUUCUUUGUAUCUAUAAUAUGUUUUGAUAAAGAUGCAUGAAAGAUGCAAGAUUCAUAAGGAAAUUAUUCAAGUAUCUAAAAUAAGCUCAUCUGUGAACAGAAACCUUUGAACCUGCACGUGGAGUAAAUUGAUGUUGUGUUUUUACGAAAGAUCCAGAAAUGUGUCUUUCUGGAGCCUUAUAUUUGCGUACGUUUUCUUUCCUCAUAGAUUGUAUACUCGAUAUGGUGGGGAGACACCAGUGCCAUGCACACAGUAGUUAGGGAGCACAAACAGUUCAGAACUCAAGCAAGCCUUUCUGUCUUUCUCAGCUGUCAUGAAAAAUGUCUUCACCAGCCAUUGUUAUGACAGUAUUUUCACGAGGAUUCAGUUAUGCUCUGUCUACCAUUGAUUGUUUUGUAUAUUUUCCUCACAAUGCUUUGUGUACAGUUUAUUUAUUAUUUCUAUAUCUGUCCGAAAAUGAAGAACUAUAGACUUUGUCGGAGGCUAAGUAUUUAUUUGUAGCUAACUUCCGAGCUUUGGGAGAGAAAAAAAUCGGAUAGAUUUCAACUACAGUGCUCAACCAUGGAGGCCGGUGGGAGGACCUACAGAAGGACGGGCUCAUUGUAAUGGCUGGAAUGGAAUUAAUGGAACGGAGUAAAACAUGUGGUUUCCAUAUGUUUGAUGUGUUUAAUACCGUUCCAUUUAUUCCAUUCCAGCCAUUACAAUGAGACGUCCUCCCAUAGAUCUUGCCACCAGCCUCCUCUGACACUCAACCAAAUGUUUUAGUUUCCUUAUGUCUGCCAUGACAAAGUCAUUCGGUAUAACAUACUAUGUAGGGUCAACGACCAAUCCUAUUCACCUGAAGCAAAUUGAAAUCACUCCCAACGGGCCAAUGGAUGCCGAGCAUGCCCUCGGAUGCCCCGCCUUCCUGACAAUAAUACUGGGGCUCGCAUACAUUUCCUACAUUUUUGCAUUUGUUAACUACUUUCUGCUCUGCUUGUGUAGCUAAUACUUCCUUGUUUAGGUAGGAUUUGUGUUUGCUUAACACCCACUACUUUCUGCUCUGCUUGUGUAGCUAGUGCUCUGUUGCUUGAGUAAGAUGGCCAGUGGUAGGAGGAAGUUCAAAAAGGCUAACCAGCCGAGUUUGAACCUCCGACCAUGACCUAGGGCAUGUGGUUUCACAAUAAAAUAUUAAGAAAAGAGUGCUAUCCUGCUUGCUUGGGGUGGAAACACACUUGGCUCAGGCCAGUUUGCGUGACCAAUGUCUCCGGCUGGGGUUCAACCUCUAUUGGGUGUAGGGCUCUCUUGGUGAGGAAGUUUGAGGCUGCUGGCGAAGGUUCUUCCAGUGAAAAUGAGAGUUUGGGAAUGGGGUUGUUUGAGGCUGGCGUAGAGUUGAUAGGGGUGUAAUCCCAGCCAAGUGAGGCUCAUUCUGGUUUUUCUGGCAGUGUUCAGAGUCUGGAUUCCAGGGAUGAUAUACUAUCCCUGAUUGGUGAUUCCAAAUAAACAGUGCUGAUCCUCAGCGGAUCAGCUGGACAAAGUUAUGUCUGUCCCACUGUACUAUCCUGGCUGUGGGGGAAAGUAUGGGGGGCGAUGGUGGUGGCUCAGUGCCACCUCUGGUUGAUGUUGUCCUGGAUUCCUGAGAGGGACAGGCGGAUGUAUUUGGAUGAGACAGUUUAGUCAAAAAGGUUGUUUUGCUCGGCUAUGGAGUCCUUACGGGCCAGUUUCGGGAGAAACAAAAGCAGGACAUAGCUCUAUGGGUCCUUUUCCAACUAAAAUCGUUUGCGGUUCUGCAGUUCCGAGGCGUGAAGGAAAGGGUGUAGGCCUAAGGCGGGUUGCCGCCUUGGUGCUUCUGGGCAGCGGCGGACGUCUUGGCACAGACGGCGUGCUGUUUUGAAGGAACGCAGGGUGCAAGCAGAUUCUUCUGUGACGCUGGGGAAGAAGCAGACCUCUCAACCCUAGCUGGAGGCCGGGAGAGGAGGCGUGCUCUCUGGGCCCUCCUUCCCAAGCAUUUACUGUGGCAGCAGUGCUCCCAAGUGGCUGGGUCAAUAAGGGGCAAGUUACUGGUUGCCGAAGUCCCCGAACCCGGUGUGGGCAUAAUAAACACAGUUCCUUCCUCACAUUCAGACACGCGGUUGUCAAAAGUGGUGGAAAUGAAAAACAAGUAUACAUUUUUUAUUUUUUAUAAAUUAACCUAAAUUAUCCUAGGAGAUAAUAUGGAGCUCCCACACUGCCACACUUGUUUCCCAUAUGGUGUUCAUAAUGAAUCUCAAGAGCAGAUGUUGACUCCGGCUCAGCGCAUUCAGUUUCUGGACCUUGCUCUAGACUCGGUGCUGAAUCACGCGUUUUUGUCCCAACAGAGGAGGGUCACAUUCCGGCUGGGGCCCUCGGUGCCAUUUCGCUUGUGCCUGUGGUUAUUGGGUCUAAUGGCCUCUAUGAUGGCUGUGGUGCCUCUGGGACGUCUGUUGAUGCGUAUAUUUCAGCGCUAGGUGACUGCUAGUGUCUGGACGCAUCUCGCCACUGCCAUUGGUUGCUUAGGGUUUCCCCGUCAUUGCUAUCAAUGAGGCAUUUCCUUACGAUGUUUUAGGGCCAGCAUGAGUUGGUAAGGUCUGACAACAGGACGAUGGUGGCGUACAUCAACAGGCAGGGGGGACGAGGUCUCUCUUUCUCUUAAACCUGGCACGUUAUCUCCUCAUACGGAGCAGUGCGAAUUUCCUGUCGCUCAGGGCAAAGUAUCUUCUUGGAUCUCUCCACGUGGGUGCAGAUCUACUUUCCAGGGAGGAUCCUAUCUCUAAGCAGUGGAGACUGCACCCCUCAGUGGUUGCCCAGAUAUGGGACCGGUUUGGCAGGGCCGACGUAAAGCUUUACACAUUGCGAGAAAAUGUGCAUUGUCAACUUCUUCUCAAUGAGAGAUCUACGCACUUUGUUGUGAGCGGAUGCUUGGCAUAUCAGUGACCUCGGACCCUGCUCUAUGCGUUCCUCCAGUGGACCUGAUUCAGGCCACUGUGGAGAGGAAGGAAGGUCUGUUGUUGAUUCUGGUGGCUCCCCGUUGGCCCAGACAACCCUGAUUCCCGGAGAUCCUCUGCCUGUUAGGCGGGUUUCUGAUGUUCUUGCAAGAGCUUUUUGAGCAGGGCCUUUCUUUUUCCAUAUUUAAGUUUAUGUAGGGACCCGUGGAGGAGUUCCGUGUCAUCAGGAUCGAUUGUCUAUUGACACCCAAGGCCGUAGAUAUGGCUCUGCAGAUUUGGCCCCUGAAAGGUUGAAUUUGAUGACAAGGGGUUUAUCCUCAAACGUGAUUAUGACUAUACAGUUGGGCGUGUGCACCCUCUACGAGAGGGUUGUAUAUAAGUGGCACGCGUUUGAGGUUUGGUGUCAGGUUAAAGGAGUUUCUGAUGUUCUUGCAAGAGCUUUUUGAGCAGAGCCUUUCUUUUUCCAUAUUCAAGUGUAUAUGCCAGCCAUCUCGGCUGGCGUGUCAUGUAGGGAUUGACGGCUCUACCCAGGGGUCCUAUCUGGUGGCACUGGUGGUGUGGUUCCACAUUGAGUGAGCCUCCUUUGGAACAUUUGGUGUCUGUAGACAAGACUGCCCUGCUAAUGGCCUUGGCGUCAGCCAAGCAUGUUGGGGAUAUCCACAUGCUAUUAGUACACCCCUGCGACUCCAAAGUGUCACAGCAGGUGCCCUGUUGUUUUGGACUUGCAGUUCCUUGUGUGAUUUCUGGCAUUCCACACUCCUUGGGUCUCUGUGUGAGACUUUUUUGAACCGCGAGGGCAUAGCUGUGGGGAGUAGUGGUGCUAAGGUUGCUGCAGCACCCCCUGAAAAAUCAGAAUAGUAAGAUGUAUUUUGUUUAUCUUCACAAAAGUAGUGCACUGGGCCUUUACUAGUCCUGUAUUAGCUGACUGAUAGAGCAAUCUGUAGGGUCGGCCCAAAAAAUAUAAUUAUGCAGCCCCCUCCCCCAUCGGUGACAGAAUAGCAGCACCCCCAAACAUGUUUCCCGCAGCUAUGCGCAAGUGUCUAUGGACUUGGGCCAAUGUUAGGCAGCGUUUUGUCUGGGUUACCACAGUUUCCCUGUGGGUUUGAGCCCUGGGCUGCCGUGGCAAUGUGCAGGCUGCCUUGGUUCAUUGUGCGUGUGCGCUUUACCAAGUCACGACAGGUGUUCUGUUGUUUUGGACUUGCGGUUGCUUGUACAAGUUCUGACAUGUCAGGCUCGCAAGUUAAUUAAGUAUUGUUCUUGGAACUGUGGGGUCUAUGGACUUGUGCUGCAGUGGCAGCGUGUCAGUGUGCAUUGCCAAGUUGCAGCAGGUUCUAGGUCCCUAUAUGGGGUUCUGACAGUUCAGAAUUCUUGGGUAAGUAUCAGAGAAAAAGGUGACUUCUGUAAACCCAUUUUGCAGCCGGUGGAAGCUGUGUGAGUGCUUGGGCUGUCGUGUGGUACCCUCUGAGCCGGCUUGGAGCAUGAUUGUAAGUACCCAUAGUGUGUUAUACCGAGUGACCGACUGAAAGGGAAUGUACAGUUAUGAAUAUAACUACUGUUCCCUGAAGGAGUGAACAAGGUAUAACCUAUUUUGAACCCACGCCAUCAGGAGGUUUGGGCUCGCUGAAGAGCAGUACUGAAUUUAGGAAGUGUAUGCGAGCCCUCAUAUUAUAGCCAGGGAGGUGGGGCUUCUGAGGGCGGGCUCUGCAUUAAUUGGCCCGUUGGGUUUGAUUUCAGUUUGCUUCAGGUGAAUAGGAUUGGUUGACCCCCUAUAAUAUGUUAUAGCUUGUUCCCUCCUUCAGGGAACAGUAGUUCUAUUCAUAACUGUAUGUUUUCUAGAUAGCAUCAGUAGAGUAGGAGAUUCCUCCUUGUUUCAGGCACAUUGUUCCUAUGUUUUUCUCCGGACCAGAACUAUUCAGUCUGCAGUCUCGACAAUCUAAACACAACUGUUUACUAUGGGUUUCAACGCUCUUACUGUACCUGUACGCCUGUCCACCUUGCCAAUAAAGAAGUCUACAUGCUUUUGA